AUGGGCUUGCCCCUCGGACGGGCUGCUCGUCCCGAGGUCGUUUCUCUGACGGCCGCUGCCCUGGACGGCCAGGCCUGGGGCGAGCUGCACUGGAUCCAGGAGGCAUUCUGGCUGCAGUUCCAGUGGGCCCAGGCCCUGGUCUGGCGCGAGCUGGCGCCCCUGUCCGCCGAGGAGCCGCCCGGGACGCUCGGGGCGAAGGUGCGGGACCGCCGGGAGGGCUGGACCGGCACCAACCUGCGGCACAGCGUCUACCCCGCCGGGGGCUCCUGCACGGAGCACACCGACUACGGCGUGGUCACGGUGCAGCAGAGCACGGCGGGCGGCCUGGAGGGCUUCAUCCACGGGGAGUGGCACCCGCUGCAGCCUCCAGAAGGCUGCGCGCUGGUCUUCGCCGGGGACAUGCUGGAGCGGCUGACCUCAGGCCGCGUGCGGGCCCUGAGGCACCGCGUGUGCCUCGCGCCGCCGGCCGCCGACCAACCUUUGGGACUUCACUGGAACGCGAGGGUCUACAACACGUUCGCGGUUCCAAUAUUGGGCUACGUCGCUCAACUCGAGACGCCCCCGGCUUGGCUGGUCAAGUCGGCCGGCCACUCCCUGCGGAAGGCGGCCAGAGGCCCCGGCGGGUGGGUAGCCUCCGAGGACCUGUGGGCGCUGAGGGAGUCCUUCGGGUUAACAGCCUCCUUCACCAACAUCCAGUGGUAUGCCCUGGCGGCCAAGAUCCGGGUGGUGCAGUUCGACAGGGCCUGCGCGCCAAAGGCUUGCUUUCUGGCGGACGUGGAGCGACUGCGGGAAGCCCUGCGCAGCCCUCCGCGCGACCACUCUCGAUUUGCGUGGAACGACUGGUACAGCCGAAGCUUCAUCCUGGCCUUGGCCCAGGCGGAGAGCGAGCUCCAGCAUCACCACGCCACGGUGGAGGGUCUGCGACGAUCACGCCCGUCUGGCGACCGAGCAAUUGAGCGGGACACGGCGUGGCGGAAGGAUUGCCAACGCACGGUGUAUGCUUAUUUGGCGGCCCGCAUGGCGCCAGACCCCACAAUGCGACUGCGGGCGAAACUCCAGAGAUGGGAGUUGGAGGACGGACGCCGCCACGCAGUCAUCUUCGGCAGCGUGCAGGAACGCACGCCUGCCUGGCAGGGCCGCCGCGCAUCCCACCUGCUGCAGGUCUUGGGUAGCCUCUCGCCGCCGCGGGUCCAGGCAGCAGUCUUCUCGACGCUCUUCAAUCGAUGGACCACAGCUCGGCGAUUCCAGGGCCGCGCGCGGUGCCUCUUUGGCUGUGGUGACGGCUCCGAGGACAGCAUCGAGCAUUACUGCCGCUGCAGAGCCGUACGGACAGCGUUUCAGCGCAAGUUGCGCCUCGACCCAGGCGUUUUCUGCAACCUCCACACAUUCCUGCUGGUCAACCCGCGCAUCCGCUCGAAGGAGGUGCUGUCCCUGCUCGGCCUUGCCAUCUACGCGGUGUACACGUGCACCAACACGAUGAGACACCGAGGGCGGUGCGACUUCGAGGUCGCGGUCGACGCAAUCACCCAGGCAGUGAGGGAGGGAGCCAAAGUGCAGGAGCUGACGUUCUCCCCCGCCACCGCUGAUCCCAACGGAUACUGUUUCUUCUUCGCCCUCUUCUACAUCUCCGACAUCUCACCCGUCGGCGAGCUGCCAGUGCUGGACGCCAGGGAGAAGGUCGCGCGGUUCAUGCUGGACUUCCUUCUGAUGCUCAAGCGGCCCGAGAACUACGUAGCGGUGGCGAACCGCAUCACCAUGUCGGGGGUCGGGGUGCAGCUCCCGCUGGCGCACUUUGCGGGGCUGCACCUGGCUCCCGCGGCCGACAGGAUAGCAGACCCUGUGGCUCUGCUCUUCCGCAUCAAGUUCCCCUUCCUUGCCCAUCUCUUCCUGCAGGCACUGGUCCUGGGUGCUCGCCGUGCGGCCUCGCCGGUGCAGUUCCUCAACAUGAACCACCACGAGUCCCUGAGCUGGGACGAGAUCGGCCGCUACCGGGCGGUCGUGCUGCUCCCCCACAACGUGCACCUCAUCCGCACGGCGGACCUCGCGGGCGGCGAAGACCUCUACGCCCUGGAGAUGCUGCUCUUCGUGCCCAGCGCCCCCUUCGUCUUCCAGUUCAUCUUCCCGGGGUCCAGCAGGGGGCUAGCCGCCCUGCACCGCGCGCUGCGCCUCGCCGCGGCGGGCUACCGCGUGGCGCUGGCCCCCACGGCCCCCCGGCCCGGGGAGGCGCUGCCGCGCGCCGCGCACCGGCUCCCUGCGGACACCUCGGGGCCGUCCCCCUACAGGGGGAGGGCUCAAAGGCUCUGCCCCUACCGCACGCCGGCGAUGGGCGGCUGCAAGGAGCAGGGCAGCCGCCGCAACGUCGAGCCCUGCCCCUACGGCGUGUACGAGCUGGAGGCGCAGGAGCCGCUCUCGUGCGCAGAGCUGCUGCGUGGCCGCGCCGAGGCGGGCCUCGCGGCCGCGCUCUGCGAGGGCGGCGAGGGGCCCGCGAUCGGCCCGCGAUUGGCCCGGGAGGGCCUCGGAGGGGGCCGUCGUCCAGACGCCCCCGACGCACGCGCCGCGGGCGUGGCGUGCGUGGCGGACCUGGAGGCCUACCGCUUCUGGCACGCGCACACGGACUACGCGCUGCUGCCGGGCCUGCAGCGCUUCGGGGGCGUCGCCGAGCUGCUGGAGGCAGGGCGGCGAGAUCUGGGCGUGGCGUUAUCGCCGCUGGCCAGGCUCAUGCUGGGCCCAGUUUUUGUGUUCAUGCCAGUGUUCGUCGCCCCGUGUUCUGGAGCUGCGCUGGUCGCCAAGGGGGGCGGCGGGCCCUGGAGGGAGCGGGCCCCGAGGUUGGUUCCCUGGGCGGUGGACACGCCGACGUCUCCUGUGCCCUGCACUGGGGCGGCCAACGGACCAUGGCACCAGCGCGUCCGGGUGGCCGAGACCGUGCACUGGUGGACGCAGGCGCUGCUGGUGACAAGCAGAGCAGAGGCGGCGCGCGAGAAACCGCGGCAGAGGCGCGCGGGGUCCGCGACCGGCGCGAGCGAGCAGGACGUGGCCAGGGUGUACGGCCGCGACGCCCGAGCGGCGGCGGUGGCGGAGGCGGAGGCGAACCAGGCAGCUGCCGCGGCCGCGUCUCGCUCGGCUGCCUCGCCGGCCGUGCUGCUGCUGCCGCGCUGGACCCUCACGGCCGCGAGCCGCAGCCGGUGCCGCGCGGACAGGAGACUCCGCUUGGCCACCCGCCGCCAGGCAGAGGUGGACGCCUGGGGCUGGUGGGGCAUCCCGUGGGAAGGAGCCUACGAGGUGAAGCCAAACGUGACCAGCUACAGUGCAGAGAUUCCUUGUGAGAAGUGGGCGGCGAAGACCGAGCCCAACGUGGAAGACCAGCAGAAGCUCGAGACCCGAUACCAGAAGAACAGCAUCACACCUAGCAGGAAGUUCAGCCCCUUCACCCUGCUUGGCUCAGACGGCAGGCGGAGCCAGGGAGGAGACUGCAGCGCCCUGCUCCAGACCCUCGCGAGCCUCCCUCGGGAGGAGCUGGCCGAGGGCCGCAAGAAGGCCCCCGUGAUCACAGACGCCGAGGCCGACACGAGUCUCGUCGAGGACGCCGCGCAGCAGAUCUCUGCCGCGCUCGAGUCAGUGGAGGGCGCCAUCUCUUCCGCCGUCGGGGCUGUGUUCGGCCCCGGCGAGCCAGCGCAGGCGCCGUGCAAGAAGGCGUGA